UUAAUCAUGUGAUACAUGAAAGUCACAUGACAAGUCAUGAGACAAGAGAGGGUCUGAAGGACAGAACUCAUUCCCAUUUAAAACUUCUAUUUUCUUCUAUUUUUGUUGGCGAAAUCGAACUUGGCAUUUCAUACUUGAUAAAGAUCUGUGAUAUAGCAUCAAAAUGAAGACCUUUGUGUUGAUGCUGUGUGUAGCCAGCUCCAUGGCACUUCCAUGGUAUACGUUAGAGAAAGCACAAGUCGUCCAGAUGUCUCAGGAGGGUCCAGUUCAGACAAUGGAACAACCAGAGAUGCCACAACCCAUCUACAAGUCAAAGUGGGAGGCUUUCAAGGCUAAACACAAUAAAACUUACACAACAAUCGCAGAGGAAAUUAAACGUUUUGAAAUCUUUGUAAAGAAUCUCUUCAUCAUUGACAAGCACAACGAACUCCACAAGAAGGGACAGAAAUCUUACACGCUUGGAGUUAACAAAUAUGCAGACAUGGAACCCGAGGAGUUCAGGAAAGUGAUGAAUGGCUACAAAAUGGACCCAAACUGGUCGACCAAGUCAGGCGGUGCCACCUACCUUUCUCCCAGUUUUGUGUCCGUUCCUGAUACUGUCGACUGGAGGACCAAAGGUUACGUCACACCUGUCAAGAACCAGGGAUCUUGCGGUUCAUGCUGGGCUUUCAGUACAACUGGUUCCUUGGAAGGCCAACACUUCAAGAAAACAGGAGUGUUGAUGUCUUUGAGUGAACAAAAUCUGGUCGAUUGCUCUGAAUCAUAUGGCAACAAUGGAUGUAAUGGUGGCCUUAUGGAUAAUGCCUUCAAAUAUAUCAAAGCCAAUGGCGGUAUUGAUACUGAAGUCUCGUACCCUUACCAAGCUAAGGACAAAAGAUGCCGUUUCAAAAAAUCUGAUGUUGGCGCUACUGACUCUGGGUUUGUUGACCUACCAUCGGGUAAUGAAAUUAAACUGAAGGAAGCAUCUGCUACAGUUGGUCCAAUCUCUGUCGCUAUCGAUGCAGGACACACAUCAUUCCAACUGUAUCACUCAGGUGUCUAUGAUGAGCCUGAGUGCAGCAGCACAGCACUUGACCAUGGUGUCUUGAUGGUUGGAUACGGUUCAAGUGAAGACGGAAUUGAUUACUGGCUUGUCAAGAACAGCUGGGGUGUAACCUGGGGAGAGGAUGGAUUCGUCAAAAUGGUGCGCAACAAGGACAACCAGUGCGGAGUAGCAACACAGGCUAGCUAUCCUCUUGUUUAAUUCCAAAACAAUGCAAUCGACUUUCGUCCUGUAUAUUAUAGAUCAGUGCACAUGCUACUUUUUCAACUAAAUUGGCCUGUGAUUUUCUUCUUGUUUAAAAGUCCCAAGCCAGACAGAGGCUCAACACCUCCUUACUGAGAGUAAUCAGCUGCCCCUGCCCUGGUUAGCUACCAGUAACCAUGGUACUGAAACAUUUCUGUUCUUCCACUUUCAUUCUAUAUGAUAGUUUAUUUCUACUGUCAGUUCAGUCUCUUGGAGUCCAGUGUAAACUUUCACUACUUCUCAUUUCAAUUUGAAGAUAAGGAAAUGAUGUUACUAAAUUUUCAAAAUUAUGAGUCACUCUAUGAAUGUCAGGUUGAUAUUUUAUCAUUUGCACUUUCUGAUUUUUCGCUUAUGUUAGUUCACAAUUUGACUUCAUUUUGUAGAUUUUUUUCUUUCGAGCCUAUUUUUGUGCCUUUGGGUAUAUUUGAAUCAGCAGAGCCAGCAAAAAUUGUAUCCAUGAAGGUUUUCACUGAAAGCGUGGACUACAUAAAAAUGCACCAAAUUUGUAAUGUUUAGGUCAUCAAGUCAGAAAUAUAUGUACUUCAACAGUGUCUAAUUUACUUAAAUCAUGGAUGAAAGCUAAUGUUAAUGUUUCACUUAUAUGGAUAAAAGCUUAUCUUUGGAAGUUAGUGAUGAUGUGCUAUUGCUGUGUGCAAGGUUCUUUGGGUAUCUGUCAUUUCAUAUCAACAGCUGACAUCACAUUCUUGGGCUUGUUUUGUGAUGAAGGUGGAUGUAUGUUGUUUAAGGUAUUCUCUUGUGUAAAUUUGUGUUUGUUUUGAGAAUCUCGAAGCCAGACCAUGCAUUGUGUAUAUAACCAUUGCCUUUCAAGAUGAAAUGAUUUUUUGAAUCGAUGUUAAUGGAUAUUCUUCCUGCAGAUUAUGCAUUUGGGAUUUGACUAAAUAAAUUUUGGUUUUGAUAUGAGCUCUUGUAAAAACCAUUGGUUCUGAAUGAACUGUCAUACAGCUACAAUUCUCAAUCUGGUGAAUACGUGAAUUGAAAAGUUUGUUGUCACCAAAGUAAUGUAAUUGAAAGGCCUGGCUGUCUUUAAUUGUGGAAGGGGUUUUAUGAUCCAAAAAUGCUAUUAUAGAGCCUAUACUGAUGACGUUAUCACCGAAUAAUCUGCCAUUUUUAUGAGGAAUGAUGGUGAAAAUGGACAUCAGAUCACAUCAUUGACCCAUCCAUGUGGCACACUUUGUCAUCCGUGUGAAGUACAGUUGGUUAAUCAUGAUGUGAAUCUCUACAUAGCAUGGAGGAUUGCCAGUCAAUAGUAAUCUCAUGGAACAGUAUCUAGAAUUUACCAGCCCGUAUUUGUUAAAUACAGUUGUAUUUUCAUCAUUUGUAUAGUAAAACUUUUCAGUAAAUGAAGAUUUCAUAACAAA